CUCCUGAGCACGCCGGCGUCCGCCGUGUCGUGGUAUUUCCUCACCUACUACCCGGCCUCGGGCGCUUAUUUCACCCAGCUGUCCGGGUCGAUGGUGGUGCCCGAGCUCCCCGCCGCCGCCACAUACUACCUCUGGCCGGGUCUGCAGCCGACGGACGGCUCGGGCGUGUACCAGAACGUGCUCGACGGGACCUCCGGGACCUGGUGGUUCGGGUCUGGUUGGUGUUGCAGUAAUCCCACACUUGGGUGGGGCGGCGGCUUCAACACCUAUCAGGGCGAGACCAACACCUUCAGUAAUGUGCGUAUCGACGACACCAACUGGCAGACUACCAUUGUACACGGGUCCACUGGAACCACGGACGUGAAUGACUUUGCCCUGUCGGAUAAGAGCUUCAACCAGGCCAUCUUUGCCAUUGAGCUGUAUGAUGUCGACUGGAACUUUGGCGCCCUCACGUUUGAGGACGUCACCAUUGUCGCCGAGGGCAGCACGUCCUCCUCAUGGUGCACCUCAGACCCCACCAACUAUAACUCGGCUACCGUGUACAGCAUCACUGGGGCCUCAGCCACAGUGAGCGGCACCACAGUGACCUGCACCAUCGAGAAGAUUGUGCUGGAAAGCCCUGCAUAA